UCAGUGUGCCCCCUUACAGUAGGUCUGCCCAUCAGAAUGCUCCUUUUACAUCAGUUAUCUCCAUCACAGUGCCGCCUUACAUCAGCUAUUCCUGUCAGAGUGCCCCCUUACACUCAAAGUACCCCUUUCCAUCAUAUUUCCCCAUCAGAAUGCCCCUUUCCAUCACAUGUGCCAAUCAGACUGCCCCUUUCCAUCACAUGUGCCCAUCAGAGUGCCCCUUUCCACAGUAUGCACCUAUUUGUGCCCCCUUAACAUAAAAUGUGCCUGUCAGAGUGCCCCUUAAAAUAAAAUUGGCCCAUCAGAGUGCCACUUAACA